AGUGACCAGAUACGAUGAAAAGGAGAUCUGCCGAGAUUGAGUCUGCUGUCGCAGCUGUUGUGAAGUAGACAUGGCAGGGCGCACUAGGCGAUGAGGGGAACCGGCGAACAGGGAGGAACGAAGAGCCACAAAAACCAUGGCUUCAACUAGAGCAGGAGAAAAGAUUUUAAUGGUGGAAGGGUAUUUUUACAUGCCGAGGAAAAGCACCAAGAACCGAAAAUGACGACGAGAGAACAUGGAAAGGCGUAAGCAGCAGAGCAGAGCCGGAAGGAGUGAACUUAUCAGCAAUGCGGAGAAGGCCCGGUGAGCCUCCGAUAUCCGGUUGGUAAACAAAGCGCCUGUCCCUGAUAAGACCCGUCGGCCUCUCAACGUCGCUGUUUUCCCGACGGCUCUACACAAACCAUUUGCCGUGGGCGUCAACCAAAUUUCUACUUCUUCUAUCCUCUUGCUUAGUGCCAGGAUGAAGGUGAAGAUUAAAGAAUGGAACGCCAUCGCGACGUGGCGAUGGAAUAUGCCUGACGACGAAGUCUGUGGUAUCUGCCGCGUCCAGUUUGACGGCACCUGUCCAACCUGCAAAUUUCCCGGCGAUGACUGCUCUCUGCUUCUCGGAAAAUGCGGACAUUCAUUUCAUAUGCAUUGUUUAUUGACCUGGAUUCAACAGGAAAGCUCCAAGGGACUGUGUCCCAUGUGCAGACAGAAGUUCGAGUGGAAACAAAAUGACGAGUAACAAGGGCGCUUCCCUCUAUUAUUUAUACAGCAUGGAAAUGAGGCGUUGACGGACUGGAAUUGGAUUGCGAUACCCUAUGACCAUUGCAUUGUUU